AUGCUGGGCUUCAGCUCAGCUAAUGCCUUCGAGGUGCAAGGAAGGCAGACUGUUGUGAUCACUGGUGGCUCUGAAGGCAUGGGGAAAAGUGUUGCAAUUGAGCUAUCCCGACAGGGUGCGAAUGUUGUCAUUGUCUCUCGCACUGUAGCAAAGCUUGAAGCGGCGCUCAAAGAUAUAAAGGCUGCUGCUCUUGAUUUGAAGAACCAGAGAUUCCACUUCAUAAGUGCAGAUCUCAGACAUGCGGAUGAAGCUGACCGAGUUCUUACGGAAGUUGCUGUAUGGAAUAAUGACGCGCCCCCUGAUAUUUUGUGGUGCUGCGCUGGCCAGGCUUUGCCGGGUUACUUUAUUAACACACCUCCCAAAACUUUGAAAGAUCAGAUGGACACUGUCUACUGGACUGCAGCCUUCACAGCACAUGCAACACUGAGGAAAUGGCUUACACCCACGGCAUCUCGGCAGAAAUCUGAUAUUAUUCCCUGUCGACAUCUUAUAUUCACCUCAUCCGUUGCAGUUUUCGUCCCUAUAACUGGGUAUGCACCGUACAGCCCCGCCAAGGCGGCAAUGCGUGCCCUCUCGGAUACUCUAGCUCAGGAGAUUGAAGUCUACAACGGGGCAAGAACCAAUUUGAAAAUUGCUGCCCCUCCGGCAGAUGUGAAAAUACACAUAGUUUACCCAAUGGGCAUCCUUUCUCCUGGCUUUGAGAACGAACAAAAGAUAAAACCUGAGCUAACGAAGCUACUGGAAGAAGCAGAUACUCCGCAGACUCCAGAGGAAGUCGCCCAAAUAGCAAUCAAGGGUCUCCAAAACGGUGACUACAUGAUUACCACGGCACUCACCGGUACUCUUAUGAAAACCAGCGCUUUAGGUGGUAGCCCGCGCAACAAUUCUAUUCGAGAUACGAUCCUGAGCUGGAUCAGUUCUCUCGCCUUUCUCUACGUUAUCUCGGAUUUGAGCUCAAAGGCUCGACACUGGGGCCGAAAGCACGGCAUUCCAGCGGCAGACUAA